AGCAUCACGUCGUGAAACAACUAUGGCGGAAGCCAAAAUAUAUGCAAGCAACUAGAAUAAAGGAACAUGAUAGAAAUUGCGAGACGGAUCACACGAUUAGCGGCGCGGAAAGGAGAUCAGCUUGAUCAAAGAGAACGGCGGGUGUGUGGCGACCCGUUUUGAUGCGAUUUUGGGCCAGCCAAGCGAAUUCCUGCAGCCUUUCCACGCGGCGGACAAGUUUUUCUGUGUCGUCGAGAGCGGCAGCAGGUUCGUCAGAGCGAGCCGACGUCUUCACCUUUCGUGAAAGCCGCCCGCUCCACGUUUUUCAUCGAUACGAAGAUCAAGCUGGGUUCCCAAGAUUCGGUGGCGCAGUAUUUUCUUCUGCUAGUAAUAUUGCUCAUUCCUGCCAGCGGAAAAAAAAAAUGGAUGACGAGGAUGGCAGGAGCCCUACCACUGAGGAGGUGCGUCAAGCUGCACUCCGAGAACACGGACUAGAAGAUGAGAGCGGAGGCCGAGUGUUAUGUAUGCGAAUUACUUUUCUGCCUGUCGCGAUUGCUAGUAGUAGAUCGCAUCCCUCCGCACGUCCCACCCUAGUGCAAGGUAAUUGAAGAUGAUGAGGAAUAAAGUUGCUGGAAGGUGGAAGUUUUGCCAUUGCCGAUGAUUCCGCGUGGAAGUAGAACUCAAGCCGGUCAUGACAAAGAGAGUAGUCGACUCCGGUAUGUCGGCGACCUCGCCAGAGUAUGUGGCAAAGCAAAGCUUUUGCGCCCGGUCUGCAACUAAGUACUUAUCUGCGAAGAGCAGAGUUUCCGUGUUUUCUGGGAUAAGUUCGCAGGGAAUUUGGCAGUCUGGCUGCACUUGGGGAGGACAUGUUUGGCGAUCAAGGGAACGAAGACCAGCGAGGAGAACAUCUUCCUUCAGACGGUACAGCUACAGGCGAGGGGCACGCGCCGCCUCCUGCCCAGGGAUCGCAAACUGUUGCGGUGAACUUACCGGCGCCAGAUUUUGGGCAUUUGGAGGCGUCAACGACAACCACCGAUGGAGUGUACCUUUUUUUUAUCGUACGUGCUUGGUGCAUGACCUGACUUUUUGGAGCCGUUGUAUCGGUGACAGAAAAGGCAAAGACAGUGCAUUGUUAUACGAGCGGGACGUUAUGUGGCUAUUCUUAUUUGUUUUUCUUCUGCGAGAGCGUGAGCGAGGUGCAGCUGCAGGACCUCGUGUCUUGCUCGGUAAAGAAACAUAAACGCUACACCUGUGAUCUGAUACAUCAGGCGGCUCCGAGCUGCCCCUGAAGGAAGCAUCCUGCCUAUUGUCCUAAACAAUGAGCACUCACGUGGUGAGGACGGGCGGGAUGUACCAAGGUGGGUGCUGGACGCCAGCGGACCUGGCAGCCAAGAUCCGGCCACGGCGAUGAACCGCGGGACGCGGGAGACAAGCGACUCGGUACCUCGAGACGCGUCUGCGGCAGUCGGGCGGCGGCUUGCGUCGGUUUGGCGAGGUCUUCUCGUUGUCCUAGCUCUGUUUUCGUUUACAGCUUUUGCGAAAUUUCUUUUCACGGACAAAAGCGGCGAGAAAAAGACUUUCUUGCAGGAGAUCAUCGUCCCUCUUGGGCAGGGUGUCACUACGGUGACCAUUUCUCUGGUGAAGUUUCUGGAAAUUUUAACGCUCUUGGGAAACGCCGUGGAACGCGCAGCCUUCAGAACACUCGGAAUUGGGGCAGUUGCUGUCGGUCUGUUCCAGCGGGGCGCUUGCUACGUGGCAGUAACAGCUGUGAUGAUACUUCUCCCAAUUUGGUGCUGCGGCUGGAGAGGAAGGCAUCGCCCAAGAGCAGUAUUGUGA